UCAACCAAUAGAGCUCAGUUGGGUUCCUUAGCUGGCGAAAACUGCCGAGUUGAAGCCGGAGCUCUUCUUGCAACUGAUGAAGAAGUGGACAUUUUGAUCAUAGAUACGGGUGCUGAAGACAAGCAGGAUGGCGUCGAUGAGGAAGAAGAAGAUGAGGAACAGGAAGCAAAUGAAUUGAGACUUGAAGAAGACAUAGUCAGAAAUCUGGGAGGCAAUUUGGAUACAAAUGAUCAAGCACCAAAACGUCCUUUGUCCAAACGGUUACCAAGGCAAGAUGAACCACUCACCCAAGUCAAGUCAUUAUCUUCUAGUGACUCUCCGAAGAGGGUUUCCGAAGCCCUCGAAAUGCCAGAGCAGGAGACCAUUGAAGAUAAGCCAGUAGUCGCUAUCAUAGCUGAGGCAAGCCAGGUGGAAUCGAAAAAGGCAUUAAAGAAAAAAACAACUACGAAACAAUGUGAAUCCAGUAGGCCAAGAAGAGCUGCAUGCAAGGAUGUAAAUCUUGAUUUGCCGUCAGAUCGGAGCGAGCGGCGUUCUUCUGAAGGCAUAUCUACCACUCAACUCAACUCAAUGUUACGCCCCUGGUUUCCCACCGGUUCAUCCGUUGUGCGGCCCGUCAAUCCAGCCGUUUACAGACGCUUUAUGGAGCAGCGCAUGGUUAAUGUGGGUCGUACGCAUCGAGAACGCCAAGAGCGCAUGCGACGCCUCGAGGCAGAAAUGUCCAAGGUCGGCUUAGAUGAGGCGGCCAGAGCACAAAUGCGCUGUCUCCUGCAAAAGAAGGAGUCAAACCACAUGCGAAUGCAACGUGCUAAAAUGGAUCAAACUAUGUUCAAACGAAUAAAACGUCUCGGUAAGCCUAAAUAUUUGAUUUUAUAG